AUGACUCUUGCUACUUAUAGCACGUUUACUUUUCCACUCCGAUCAUUUCGGUUAUUAGUGUUCGUCAAGAAAGCACAUUAUCACCACGGACCACAUAAUAUUGACCUUUUCCACGACAAAAAUUGGAUUGUCAAAAGACCUACAUUCCUUAACUUACCCAAAAAUGAACUAACAAAGCCGGAUGUAUUUCAAUUUACUUUCAACAAGGGCGAUGGCGACAAUGUUUAUUUACAAGAUUCAUUAUUUAAAGAUAAUCUUGAUAAAGCGAUGCAAUAUGUCUAUAAUGAAAAAUUGACGUCCUUGGAUUCCAAACAGGUACCAAUAAAGAAUCUUGCUUGGUUGAACUUAAGAAAUUCUAUAUACAAACAACUAAAAGAUCCAAAGCAACAAGCCCAAUCCUAUGUACCUUCCAUAAGCGAAAUCAUACAUCCUUCGUCUCCAGAUAAAUUAAUCUCGCUGCUGAUAAAUUGCAAUAAAAUCAACAAUUCCGUCUGGAGAUCCAUUCUAAAAGAUUCUCAGAGCAAUGAUAUAAGUACUUUAGAUAAAUUUAUUCACAUCCUGCAACAAACCUAUGACCAUACCUAUGAACAGGAUAUCUUGCCUAUGAUGACGAAUACAGAUGAUACAGAUGGCGCCCACAAUGUUGACAUAACAAAUCCGGCAGAAUGGUUCUCAGAGGCAAGGAAGAUUAGAAGACAUAUAAUUAUGCAUAUUGGGCCCACAAAUUCAGGCAAAACCUAUAGAGCACUACAGAAACUGAAAUCUGUGGACCGUGGAUAUUACGCAGGGCCAUUAAGGCUAUUGGCAAGAGAAGUAUAUGAUAGAUUUCAGAAUGAAAAGGUUAGGUGCAAUUUGUUGACUGGAGAGGAAGUUAUACGUGACUUAGACGAUAAGGGAAAUCCAGCAGGGCUAACAUCGGGUACAGUAGAAAUGGUACCGACGCAUCAAAAAUUUGAUGUUGUCGUUCUUGAUGAAAUUCAAAUGAUGUCUGACGUGGAUCGUGGCUGGGCUUGGACAAAUGCACUUUUAGGUGUGGUUUCUAAAGAAGUACAUCUUUGUGGUGAAAAAAGUGUUCUCCCUUUGAUCAAAAGCAUUGUUAAAAUGACUGGAGAUAAACUAACAAUUAACGAAUAUGAGAGAUUAGGGAAGUUAAGUGUUGAAGGUAAACCUGUUAAGGAUGGGAUUAAGGGUUUGCGUAAAGGAGAUUGUGUCGUCGCAUUCUCGAAAAAGAAAAUAUUGGAUCUCAAGCUAAAGAUAGAGAAAGAUACCAAUUUGAAAGUUGCUGUAAUUUAUGGUUCCUUACCGCCUGAAACGCGUGUUCAGCAAGCUUCUCUAUUCAACAACGGAGAAUAUGAUAUAAUGGUAGCAUCAGAUGCUAUUGGUAUGGGACUAAAUUUGUCUAUUGACAGAGUUGUAUUCACCACAAAUAUGAAAUAUAAUGGUGAAGAACUAACGGAAAUGACUUCCUCUCAGAUCAAGCAAAUCGGGGGUCGCGCCGGAAGGUUCAAAUCUAGUUCUACAAGUAGAGAAGUGCCUCAAGGUUUUAUUACCAGUUUCGACUCAAAGGUCUUGAAAUGUGUGAAGAAAGCUAUAGAGUCUCCCGUGGAAUAUUUAAAAACUGCUGUUACGUGGCCUACAGAUGAGAUUUGUGCUCAGUUGAUGACUCAAUUCCCACCAGGUACGCCGACCAGUGUUUUAUUGCAAACUAUUUCAGAUGAACUAGAAAGAAGUUCUGGCAACCUGUUCACGUUAUCUGAUUUAAAGAACAAACUAAAAAUCAUUGGCUUAUUCGAACACAUGGAGGAUAUUCCAUUCCUUGAUAAAUUGAAAUUAAGUAAUGCGCCCGUGAAGGACAUGCCUAUGGUCACUAAAGCCUUCACUAAGUUUUGUGAGACAAUAGCGAAGAGGCACACAAGAGGACUAUUGUCGUACCGAUUACCUUUCAACCUUCUAGACUACAAUUGUAUACCUAAUGAGAGUUAUUCUUUAGAGGUUUACGAGUCAUUGUACAACAUCAUCACAUUAUACUUCUGGCUCAGUAACAGGUACCCGAACUACUUCAUUGACAUGGAGUCUGCCAAAGAUUUGAAGUAUUUCUGCGAGAUGAUUAUUUUUGAGAAACUUGAUCGAUUAAAAAAGAAUCCUUACGCACGCAAGCCCUUUGGUUUUACAAGAAGCCUGCUUCCAUCCUUGAAAAGAAGAUCACCUACAUAA